UUCACAACUUCUACAUAUAGCUCAAACCCACCCUCUAUAUAUACACCACCCACACACCCCUCCCUCAUUUUCAUUUUUCAAUUCAUUAUCACAAUUAAUAAUUCAUUUAAUUUCUCCAAUCAUUCAAUUCAAUCAUCUUCUUCAUCAUGCCUCUCUUCACCAAGCUUUCCAAGAUCAAACAACCCCUUUCUUUCACAAAUAGUUCUUCAUCAAGAAGGAAUAAUAUGAAUGUGAAAGAGGAAAGAGAGAGUAGCUUGAGGAACAAGGCACCAAGCGUGAACCACGAAUACUUGGAAGCCUUUAGGACCAAGUCUUACGUUGAAAUCUACGACAAAGUCCAGACACAGCUUGCCACCGCCGGAGCCACCAGAAAUCACAAUAAUAAAGAGGCAACCAGGAACAACUCCUUACAACACCCUCACUAUCAGGAAUGUGAUCUCCUCCAGCUCUGCCACGAAGCCCUAGCCGACGAGCUGCCACAUCAGCAACCCUCACCCCACCCCCUCCUCGACGAGUACUUCCACGUCAGCCUCGAGGCGUGCCGGACGUGCGAGUCCCUCCUCCAGAACGUCCUCCGCACCCGGACCGACUACCACAGGAACAUCGCGACGGCGACCGCGGGGCUCUCCGCCUCGGCGGAGCUGGGCCCCGUGUACGCGAAGUUCGCGUCGUUCUCGGCCUCGAGAAACCCCCUCUCGAGGGUCUCCCAGGUGCGGUUCAACGAGGCGCAGGACUGCCACUUCAGCUUGCUGCGGCGCCUGAUAUCCGCGCGUAGGAAGCUGAAGCGCAGGAUGAGGCUCCUGGGGUUCCUGAAGAAAGCCCUAGGGGUGUCGCUGGUCGUCGGCUACGCGGCCUUCGCCCUGGCCUCCGCAGCCCUCAUCGCAGUCCACUGCGCGGUGGUGGGGCUCGCGCUGGCGUCCCUCUCGCUGUUCGGGGGGGUUUCAAAGAAGGCGAUGGCCUCGAGGAACAAGAACAAGAGGACGAGGGCGUACGCGCAGCUGGACGCGGCGGCGAAGGGCGUUUACGUCCUCGUGAACGACUUCGACACGAUGAGUCGGCUGGUGGGGCGGUUGUACGACGAGACGGAGCACAACCGCGCCAUAGCCGAGCUGUGUGGGAGGAAGCAGAACGACGAGAUGUUGAGGGAGGUGGUGAGGGGUUUUGCAGCGCAUGAAGGGUGGUUCUUGGAGCAGUUGAAGGAGCUUGAACAGCACAUUUAUUUGUGUUUUCUCAACAUCAUUAGGUCCAGAAGGAUGGUUGCCCAAGAGAUUAUUAAUUAAUUAAUUAAUUAUGGGGUGUGGAAGUUUUUAAUUACUUCUUUUAAAUUUUAAUCCAUUAAGACAUCAGUGAUUUUCUGUAUCUUUUGUUAUCUUUUUUUUUUUAAUUUAAAUUUGUAGAAGUACUCGUAUGUUUUUGGACCUGUGUGAUUAAUGCAGGUUAAUUAAAUACUAUACGGAGUAAUCAGUAAUUAGUUUCCAAUUCUUGACGAAUUUAUUAUGAUAUUAUCCAUGGAGAGGGUUUGUAUUUUUCUUUUUUAAGGUUAGUUAAAUACGGAGGGUACAUUAUGAAAUAUUUACACUAAAUAGUACUAAACUUAAGUCAUUUUU